CACUGGCAGUUGCUGGGUAAUUUGAAGACUACUGUGGAGGGUUUAGUAUCAGCUAACAGCCCCAAUGUCUGGUCCAAGUAUGGUGGCCUGGAGCGGCUUUGCAGGGACAUGCAGAGCAUCCUCUAUCAUGGGCUCAUCCAUGACCAGGUGUAUUGCCGCCAGACUGAUUACUGGCAAUUUGUGAAAGACAUCCGCUGGCUCAGUCCCCACUCAGCCCUUCAUGUGGAGAAGUUCAUCAACUUGCAGGAGAACGGCCAGAGCAGCACUGACGGCAUGAGUGAGCGUGCCGUUGCGGAGCUGUGGCUGCAGCAUAGCUUGCAGUGCCACUGUCUCUCAGCCCAGCUCCGACCUCUGCUGGGGGAUAGACAGUAUAUCAGAAAAUUCUACACAGAUACUGCUUUCCUGCUAAGCGACUCCCAUGUCACGGCCAUGCUCCAAUGCCUAGAAGCAGUGGAACAGAACAACCCUCGUCUCCUGGCUCAGAUUGAUGCAUCGAUGUUUGCCAGAAAGCAUGAGAGCCCGCUGCUGGUGACAAAGAGCCAGAGCCUGACAGCUCUGCCUGCUUCCACGUACACCCCUUCAACCAGUUAUGCUCAGCAUUCCUACUUUGGGUCCUUCUCUAGCCUCCACCAAUCCAUACCCCAUCAUGGCUCAGAAAGAAGAUCUACUUCCUUUUCACUCUGUGGCCCAUGCCAGAAACCUCAAGAAAGCAGAGGACAUGUCUCGCCAGCAGAGGAUCAAACCGUCCAAGCCCCUCUGCUUCCAAUCUCUGCAUUAGCCGGGGACUCCCCCUCGACCCCAAAUGAGAUGAGCUCCAGCACUCUGACCAGCCCCUUAGAAGCACCCUGGGUCAGCAGCCAGAAUGAUUCCCCAGGUGAUGCCAGUGAGGGGCCUGAGUACUUGGCCAUUGGCAACCAGGACCCCCGAGGCCGGACCGCCAGCUGUCAGAGUCGCAGCAGCAAUGCUGAGAGCAACAGCUCCAAUUUGUUCUCCUCCAGCAGCUCCCAGAAGCCAGAUUCUGCUGCUUCCUCUCUAGGGGACCAAGAGGGAGGUGGGAAGAGCCAGUUGUCCAAUGUCCUUCGCAGGUCUAGCUUCUCAGAGGGGCAAACACUCACUGUCACCGGUGGAACAAAGAGGAGCCAUACUCGCUCCCAUUCGGAUACCAACAUUGCCUCCAGAGGAGCCCCAGGAGGCCCCAGGAGUAUCACCAUUAUAGUUGAAGAUCCCAUUGCAGAAUCCUGCAGUGAUAAGUCGAAGUUGAGAGGCCCCUUGUCCUACUCUGGUCAAAGCAGUGAAGUCAGCACACCCAGCUCUCUGUACAUGGAGUAUGAGGGCAGUCAGUACCUGUGCUCAGGAGAAGGCAUGUUCCGAAGACCAUCAGAGGGACAGUCACUCAUCAGCUACCUGUCUGAGCAAGACUUUGGCAGCUGUGCAGACCUGGAAAAGGAAAAUGCCCACUUCAGCAUCUCAGAAUCCUUGAUUGCUGCCAUUGAGCUGAUGAAGUGCAACAUGAUGAGCCAGUGCCUAGAAGAGGAGGAAGGGGAGGAGGACAGUGACCGGGAGAUCCAGGAACUGAAGCAGAAGAUCCGCCUUCGUCGCCAGCAGAUCCGCACCAAGAAUCUGCUCCCUGUGUACCAGGAGACUGAGUACGGAAGCUUUCGGGUCACUUCCAACAGCUCCCAGUUCAGUUCACGUGAUUCAGCACAGUUCUCUGACUCUGGCUCUGCUGAUGAGGUUGAUGAAUUUGAAAUCCAAGAUGCUGACAUCAGAAGGAGCACACUCUCAAACAACAAAUCAUGUGUUUCCUCCCAGUCCUUCUCUCACUGCUUCCUACACUCCACGUCUGCUGAGGCAGUGGCCAUGGGGCUCCUGAAGCAAUUUGAGGGGAUGCAGCUCCCAGCCGCCUCAGAGCUAGAGUGGCUUGUUCCAGAGCACGAUGCCCCUCAGAAGCUCCUGCCCAUCCCUGACUCACUGCCCAUCUCACCAGAUGACGGGCAGCAUGCUGACAUCUACAAGCUACGUAUUCGUGUUCGAGGCAACCUGGAGUGGGCCCCACCCCGGCCUCAGAUAAUUUUUAAUGUUCAUCCAGCUCCAACGAGGAAAAUCGCUGUGGCCAAGCAGAAUUACCGCUGUGCAGGAUGUGGCAUCCGGAGUGACCCUGAUUACAUCAAGCGGCUGCGGUACUGCGAGUACCUGGGCAAGUACUUCUGCCAGUGCUGCCACGAGAAUGCCCAGAUGGUUAUCCCCAGCCGAGUUCUGCGCAAGUGGGACUUCAGCAAGUACUACGUCAGCAAUUUCUCCAAGGACCUGCUCAUUAAGAUCUGGAACGAUCCUCUCUUCAAUGUGCAGGAUGUCAACAGUGCCCUCUAUAGGAAGGUCAAGCUGCUCAAUCAAGCCCGGCUGCUGCGGGUCCAGCUAUGUCACAUGAAGAACAUGUUCAAGACAUGCCGACUGGCCAAAGAGCUUUUGGACUCCUUUGACACAGUUCCAGGCCACCUGACAGAGGAUCUCCACCUGUACUCGCUGAAUGACCUGACUGCAGCCAGGAAGGGAGAGCUGGGGCCCCGGCUCGCUGACCUCACCAGGGCGGGGGCUGCCCACGUAGAGCGAUGCAUGCUCUGCCAAGCCAAGGGCUUCAUCUGUGAGUUCUGUCAGAAUGCGGAUGACAUCAUCUUUCCCUUUGAGCUCCAUAAGUGCCGGACCUGUGAAGAGUGUAAAGCGUGUUACCAUAAAGCUUGUUUCAAGUCUGGAAGCUGUCCCCGCUGUGAGCGGCUGCAGGCCCGGCGGGAGUUGCUGGCCAAGCAGAGCCUGGAGUCCUACAUGUCAGACUCUGAGGAAGAACCCACCAAGGCCUUGGCCCUGGAGGCCGCCAUCCUGGAGACCACCUGAAGAAAGCACGUAAAGCGCUCUUCCUAGGGGCUAGGGUCACACAUAGUGCAGAACUGAGCCACCUUUUUAAGGACUUUCCCCACUUGUUUUUUUUUUUUU